AUGCCGACCUUCAUAACUCGGCCUGGUCUAUGGAAAAUUCUAUUACUUGUUGGUAUAGGACUUCUAUUAAUUGCUUUUAUUCUUGGAUGGAUUGGUUUCGGUGUACCAGAUUGGCAUGCAUUUCAUCGUUAUAAUUAUUCUUCACAAGAAUACUUUGGUCUUUGGUCAUAUUGUCAAGAUCAAACACCACUUUUUAAUACUGUUUGUAAUCGUUGGUCAACUGCUCAAAAUGAAUUAUUUAAUGGAAGUAAACCAAGUUUUGUUACUACUGCUGAUGGUCUUAUUACUACUGGCAUGAUUUUUCUUUCUCUUGGUCUAAUUGCAGCUAUACUUGCUGCUAUUCUUCCUUUGUUAGCAUAUUUAGCCGCUAUUUUAACUUUAACAGGUUUUGUUUUUCUUAUUAUCGGUAUACCAAUAUUCGGUGCACAAUCAACUAAUUUUUCUAAAUCAAGAGGUGAUGCACAAUACAAUAAACGUUAUGGGUUUUGGCUUAUGAUUCCAACAAUUGUAUUAUCAUUUUUAGCUGCAAUUUUAUUUCUUAUUGCUGGAUAUCUUUAUCAACAAUUUGGCUUUGGAAAUGUAGCAACACGUAGUAAACUUCGACAACCGGUAGGUGGUCAACGAAUGCUUGGACCAGCGAAUCAAUUAUAUGGAAUGCCUUAUGCAGCAAGACCAGGAAUAAUGCAAAAUCCAUAUCAAUAUCAACAAUUCACUGGCCAACCAGGACCAUCUUUACUUUCACAAUAUAUAGCAAGACGUAUGCCUCGAUAUUAUGGUGGUCCAGUUAUAGUACGACGUGCAGUUAGUGUAGUUUCUCAACCGGUGGGAACACCAGCUUAUGUAACGCCAGCUUACUAUAAAUCUGCUGCUGUAGCUCAGCCGGUAAAUGCACCUUUAAUCAAUCUCACCGGAAGAACGAUUGUUGGUCCUCUUGUACGCACCGCUUAA